AAAAGGCUCCCAAAACUUGACAGUCGAGCAGCUCACCAGUGUGGCUGAUUUUCAAUCCUUCGACGAGUUGAACUGCUCGCUCAGCCAACAGAAAUGGCCGGUAAGUUGUUCAACGUUUUUGUUAUUGUGCUGUUGCUGGGCAUUUUCGCCCUUGCCACCGAAGCUUCGACAGGCGGGAAACCGUUGAAGAAGAAAUCAGUUCCGGAAAAAACUGGCAACAAAUAUUCCUUCUCCGACGAUGACGAAUUAAUGUUCGCCGAUCAGAGUGGCGACGGUCCAGAUGACAAUGAAUCGAUUGACGAGCUCGACCCUGAUUUUUCGGUUGACGGGUUACCGGACCUUAACGAGCUCUUACCCGAAGGAGAAAUAGAUGCGGUGAUACCAACACGGAGACCCGCCUACCGGCCACCAGCAACAGUUAAACCUCCUUGCGGCCAAGCCGGUAAACCUUGCCAAUCUGCGAAUCGUCCGCCUUGCCAAGCCGGUAGACCUUGCCAAAAUGCGAAUCCUCCGCAAUCUGCGAAUCCUCCCAAGCCUUGCCAAUCUGCUGGCAGACCUUGUUCACAGGCGAAACCUCAACCAUGCCAAUCCGGAAGGCCCUGCACACAGGCGAAACCGACGCCAUGCAAAACCAGUAAACCCUGCCCGUCGGUCAAACCUCCGCCAUGCCAAACCGGUAGACGUUGCCAGACGGCCAGGCGUCCGUGUUAUUCGAAACGCACCUGUCAAACUAAACGUCCAUGUCAAACCAAGCGUCUAUGCCAGUCACCUGCGCCCAUUAUACCACCGGCAUUCAGCCCUACGGUUGUGUGUGGAAAAUCCUAUUACUGUCGCAAAGGUUACCAAGGACCUUGUAACAGAAAUGAAAUCUUUACUCCGAAUCCCAUUGCCAUUGCACGACCUAUCCAACCCACAUGUCCUUCGAUUGGGAUUAUUUCAACAGGUUGCAUCUCAUCUAAAAAUCCGUUGCCUGUCAAAUCCGUCUCAAGCAAUCCCGGAUAUUGUGCCAUUCGCUACACACAAAAGCCGUGCUACGGCUAUCCAUCGACCUUUCGCUAUUGCCAGAAUACAAAGCUGUGCUAUCCGACUUCUCCCACUCCAAUUAUCUCACGAAGUAAGUUGGUCGUUCCGAGCCCAUGUCCGGUCGAUCAGUUUUUCACCGCAGUGGAUCUUUCUUACGGCUUUUGCCGUUGCAGUCGACCCAACUAUGUCAGGUGUCAAAAAACCAACCGCUGCUACCCAGCGUACACCAAGGGCACCUGUUCUAUCGGCCAAUGGAUGGUUCCUUACGGAAAUCAAGGCUUAUCCACCUGCCAAAUCUGUCCAUGCCCGUCAAAGGCUGACGGCCGUCACAUUUAUUGGAGCGGACAGUUCGGAAGACCGGGCUGCUACAAGUCGCAAACUCGUGGUCCUUGCCGUCAGGGCAUGCGUUUUGUGAUUAGCGAUAUUCUCACGGGCUCCUCACGUUGUGUGCCAAAUUAUUCUAUGAUACGGAAGCAGCCGAGUUCGGGUUACAACUCGUUAAUGAAUGACUGGAACUUGUUUUACGGUGGCUUGACCCGUUAACUAUAGUCACCGUUGGAUAGUUUCUCUGAUGCAGGCAGGUUUUUUUUUUUUCAAACAAAACAAGUUGAUAGGAGAGUGGAAGAAAAAUGGAAAGAUUUUUGUGGUUGCGUAGAAGCUGAAGAUUUUUAAUUGAAUGACGCCAAUGCUAAAAUCAAUAUACUGCCAAAAGAAAUAUAUAAUGCGCUGCCAUUCAACUUUGCACUUGUAUUUUUCGUUAACUGAAAUAAAGUUUCUAGGUGGAGGAAGUAAAA